ACAGCCCAUCUGACUCCUGAUGGUAUUAAGAGGCUAGAAAAGCCAGCGUUUGACACACUUGUGCCACUUGUACUGGAACGAUGAGAGGCCUGUGGUUGCUUUUGGUGCUUGUGGCUGCGGCCAAAGCAGAGAGGGUCUUCAUUGGAGAUCAGGUCAUCAGGGUCAAUGUGCAGUCGGAGGAACAGGUCCAGCUCUUGAAGGCUCUGGAGACGCGAGAGGAGUGGGAGCUGGACUUCUGGCUCCACCCAGUCUCAGCUGAGCUUCCUGUCGAAAUCCGAGUGCCCCGCUCCAGUCUGAGCGCUGUGAAGGAGUACUUCCGUGUCCACGACAUCCCCUUCUCCGUCAUGAUUGACAACCUCCAGGAGCUUCUUGAUGAGGAGAAAGCCGAGAUGGAGAAGAACCAGAUGAGGGAACGCGGCAGCAAGAGCUUCAACUUUGCAGCCUAUCAUACUCUGGAUACGAUCUACAGCUGGAUGGACACUCUGGUGGCUCAGUACCCUAAUCUGGUCAGCAAGCAGGAAAUCGGGAAGUCCUAUGAGAACAGGCCCAUGUAUGUCCUCAAGUUCAGCACUGGCGGUGUGAAGCGUCCCGCUAUCUGGAUCGACACUGGUAUCCACUCCAGAGAAUGGGUGUCUCCGGCUACAGGAGUGUGGACAGCCAACAAGAUUGCCACUGACUACGGUACCGACGCGUCCCUGACCUCCCUUCUGAACACCAUGGACAUUUACAUGCUGAUCCUGGCCAACCCUGACGGCUACGUUUUCACCCACACCAACGAUCGUAUGUGGCGUAAGACCCGCUCCCAAAACCCAGGCUAUCUGUGCCGUGGAGUCGAUCCCAACAGGAACUGGAAUGCAGGCUUUGGUGGCCCCGGCGCCAGUUCAUACCCCUGCUCCGAUUCUUACCACGGCCCGUCUGCUCACUCUGAGAUCGAGGUGGCCAACGUGGUCAACCUGAUCACGAGCCACGGCAACUUCAAGUCCUUCAUCUCCGUCCACGCCUACUCCCAGCUGCUCAUGUACCCCUACGGCUAUACCUGCGGCAGUGCGCCCGACCAGGUUGAGCUGGACUCUGUUGGUAAAGCAGCAGUGCAGAAACUCACGUCCCUCUAUGGCACCAAGUACCAGGUUGGAAACAUCUGUAACAUCAUCUAUCAAGCCAGCGGCGGUAGCAUCGACUGGUCCUACGAUCAGGGAAUCAAAUACUCCUUUGCCUUUGAGCUGAGGGACACUGGUCGUUAUGGUUUCAUCCUGCCAUCCGAACAGAUUAUCCCCACUGCAUCAGAGACUUGGCUGGCUCUGAAGCACAUCAUGGAGCACGUCCGUGACCAUCCUUAUUGAGGGUUUUUGUAGAUGGAUGAUCAUAUUUUAAAUCCACAGACUCAGAUUUUUGCUGCUUUCUUGUAGUGGCUUUAUUCUGUGACCAAUAAAAACGUUUCAUCAA